CGCGCACCGACCGCGCUAGCUCGUCCACAUGCAGCUCGGCCAAGGAGAGUGGCCGCACGCUCCACGAGCUUGCAGCAAGCGCGCAUAGUCGUCCUCGUUCUCGCGCUCUCGUCCUCCUCCUCGUCGACGCCCGGACGGCCAGUCGGCCGACCUCGGUGCCCAGCGGUUCGGGUGCCACUUCGGGCAGCAGCUGUGCCGCGGCCGGGGGCCCGAGAGGCAAGUCGGCACGCGAGAACCGAGAGCAAGCAGCGAGCGCGACGGCGAGCCACGAGGAGAGGUGCGAGCUGCAGCGGGGUGGCCGGGCGGCGACUGGUUGCCUGUGCGCGAGCUGCAGCGACCGGUACAGUGCCCACCCGAAGCCGCCGCGAGCCACCCGAUGCACCGAGACGGCGAGAGAGAGGGCAAGCCGGUGCUCGGCGAGGAGGAGGAGGAGGGGUGGACGACGGCAAUGCGGCAGCGGUGCGCGCUGUGCCGGGCUCGAGAGCGGCUGCUGCGCUGCUCGAGUGCGAGCGCAGCCAAGCUGGUGGAGCGAGACGAGCGGUGUCGAGCCGCCCGUCGCGAGCAGCCGGCGACGAAGAGCAGCACCCGCCCGCGGCUGCCCACGAGCGCAGGCCUGUCCCGAGACGCUCUGCACCCACCUGCACGGCUACCACUACGCCCCAGCUCGCCCGGCCGCACCCGCCGACGCCCUGCGCCGCCGUCUACGUCGACACGUUCCCGCCCCACAGCCCGCCAGCCGCAGCUCGCGGUACCAGCUCAGUGAGCAGCUCAGCACGGCGUCAUGAGCACUCAAGACUCGCCGACGCCCCCUCCACCGCCGCCGCGGCGCCGCGUUCCACCUCCCGCCUCUCCUCCUCCUCCCGCCUCCUCAUCGCUCGCCGCCCCGUCCAGGCCCUCGCUCUGGGAGCGCGCGCGCUCGUCCACCGUCGGCGCCAUCGACGCUGCAGCAAAAGGCGCCAUCUUCACGGCCAAACCUGCUCAGCACUCGGAACCCGAGACGGACGACAACCCGUUCGCCCCUGCAUCCCUUCGUGUCGAGUGCUCCCGUGCGGCGCGCAUCCUGCGCACGUUCACGCUCGACGCCGCCGACCUGCCCGCCGAGGUGUCGAUUGCCGACCGCCGCAAGAGCCAGCUCGUCCUGUCGCGCAUCCCGCAAGAGGCCCUCGCCGCUGCUCAAGGGCUCGUCAUCCUCACCGUCGGCAAGAAGGGCGUCAUCGGCGGCGGCUCGAGCGGGAGCGGCGUCGUCCUUGCGCGGCUCAAAGACGGCACUUGGUCCUCGCCUAGCGGUAUCCUCCUGCACACGGUCGCUGUUGACGACGAGCCGCCCGAGAAGGACAUCUACGACGCCGUCCUCGUCCUCCGCACCGACGUCAGUAUCGCCGCGUUCUCGCGAUCUCGGGUCGUCCUCGACGACAAGAUGGCUUUGAGCGAUGGACCUCUCGGCAACGGCAUGAUGUUGCAGGACGGCAUGCAGGACGCUGCUGUCUGGUCGUACGUCAAGAGCAGGACGCUGCACGGCGGCGUCAGCCUCGAGGGGCGAGUCGUCCUCGAGCGCAACGAGGAGAACGAGCGCAGCUAUCGCGUCAAGGCGUCGGCGUCGCACAUCCUUCGAGGCGACGUGGCCAAGCCCGACUGGGCCGAUCCGCUCUACCAGACUGCUUUCGCUGCCGAGGGCCUCGACUUUGAGCCCUACUCGAUCCCGCAAGGCCCGAGUCCAAGCGAGUGCAACUACGAGCCCCCUCGCUCGGGCGAUGCUUCCCCCGCCGAGGCGUCCGCCGACGCCAACGCGCCGCUCCUUCCGCCACGCACCAACCUCAGCACGACGACGCCGUCCCCGACCCGCAUCUCGCCCGCGCCGUCCUUCCUGUCGUACUUCUCCCGCUCGGCGUCGGCCGCCUCGUCGCACUCGUCGCAGUCGACCGCCACCUCGCCCGUCUCGCCCGGCCAGCAGCGCCGCCUCCCGAAGGAGGACCUCGACGACGACGACCUCGCCGCUCGCCGCGAGAUGGAGGAGGCCAUGCGCUCGUUCGGGAUCGAGGACCCGGACGUCAACGCGCGCUCGCGCGCCGAGGACCCGCUCCUCAUCGUCGAGGCGCGUCCUGCCGUCGACCAGGACGUCGGCGAGGGCGAUCCCGAGGCGGCCGACGAGACGGCGACGACGGGCAGGACGGGCACGGCGACGCCGGACUUGUCGACGAGCCCGGGCAGCGGCCUCCUCAGCGACGAGGUCGAGCACCCGCCCGACUCGCCCGGCGCGCAGCGUCCUCGUACCGCCGGCGACGACGUCGAGCAGACGCCGACGGUCGCGCAGGGCGAGACGAUGUCGCGCCAAGGGUCGAGGCGCAGCGUCGUCGGCGACAAGCCGCCCGUCCCGCCGCGCCGCACGCCGCGCAUCGGCACGACGUCGGCCGCCACGAGCCCGGCCAUAACGCAGGGCGAGGCGCUCGUCGAGGAGAAGAAGGGCGACGAGCAGGUCGUCGAGGGUCCGAGCGGGCACGAGACGGCGGCGCCUGUCGUCGAGGAGGAGCACGCGCAGGGUCGCGCCGAGGACGUCGAUGCGGCCGCCUCGAGCGAUGCAGCGAUGAAGGAGCAGGACGAGGUCGAGGGGGCCGAGCAGGACACGGCGGUUACGGUCGAGGGCGACGACGCUUCCGUCGCCGCAGGGUCCAGCGCCGGCGCUCACGACGACGACGGAGCAGCGCAGCUGCACGACGAGGCGGCUGUCGAGGGUGAGCAGCAGGAGGGAGCGCAGGGCGAGGCCGGGCAGGAGGAGCAGGCCGAGGACGCCGGCAGCGCGCACGAGGAGAAGCGCGACGAGCAGGGCGACCACCAUCACUAGACCUCUCUCGCGCUCUCUCUGUCUCUCCUGUGUAACUAUGCAGUGCGUUGCUUAAUCG